AUGGAUGUAGUUGUGCUUGGUUGCGGUCCGUCGUCCUCCGUGCCAUCCAUGCGUUGUAUCCUAAGUCAGAAUUGCGCAGUGUGUCUCGAAGCACAUACGAAUCCAGACUCAAAGAACCGUCGACUUAACCCGAGUCUACUCGUUCGAAACUUGACAACGAAGACGAACGUUCUCAUUGAUUGUGGCAAAACCUUUCGUGAAGCCGCACUUCGAAUCUUUCCUACGAUUGGCGUCUCGGCUAUUCACUCACUCACCAAGGAGCUAUACAAGAUCCCUCCUAAAGCUAUCAAGGUGCACUGCAGUGAAUGCACAAGUCACGACGUGAUUGUCAAGUUCCCGUACUUGAUUGAUAAUGAACCUUUGCCUUCACUUGAUGAGGCAGUACCGAAACCAUUUCGAUGGACCGCCAAGCUUCAAGUUGACCCGUUCAAUUCGUGGGAACCGUUUGAAGCUUGUGACCUCAAGUUUCUGCCGUUCCCAGUGAUUCAUGGAGCAGGAUACACGUCGUUCGGAUUCGAGUUUGGAUCUGAAGUUGGUGCACGGGUCGUCUACAUUUCUGACGUGAGCGAGAUCCCCGACGAGACCAAAGCUUUCUUAAAUGAUGCAAGCAAACCUCAGAUCGAUGUUUUGCUGAUCGACGCACUUUAUUUGGAAAAAUACCACAGCACGCACAUGAACUUGCAAAAGGUCAUGGAAGAAAUUGUGACCUUCAAGCCGAAGCGAUUGUUGCUUACAGGCAUGAGCCAUGACUUUGAUUACCCGAAACAUAGUAUUGAAUUGCCCAAGAUGGGUCACGAGAAGGGUCUGAAUAUCGAAAUGACUUAUGACGGAUUGCGUAUCGCUUUCCCUUGA